AUGAAUAGAAAGCUUAGCGGAAGUGCUUAUCGGAAAUUGAGUAAAAUUAAUAAAGAUAAUGUGGAAAAAAGUAUUAAAAAUAAUAUGAAACUUGAUGUCAUGUUUCAAAAAGUACAACAAGUAGACACUGUCCAUUCUGCUGCCAGUGAAAUAAUAGAUAAUGACAGCAAUGAAUUUAAUGAUUCAGCAAAAAGUGUGAAUUUACCACUUACUAACCAAUCUGCAGUGAAAUGUUCAAUCAUUACAGGAGUACAAGAUACAAAUUUAAGCUUAGAAACUCAAAUUAACAAUGAAGUAAAUAUUUUACAAGCACCCAGUUCUUCAGAUUUGCCAGGUGCUGACCCUGCUUUAUGGACAUUAAACGAGGAGACCAGAGAUUUUAUCUGUAGAAAUGGAUUUAAUCAGAACUUAGAUGGCAAUUUUUCACAAUCUAAAACACAAUACCAGUAUAUACGCCAAGGACAAUUUAGAUCUCAUAACAGGUACCUAAGUAAAGAUUUAUUUAAAACAACAUUAAUUAAUGGAAAAACAUAUCAAAGAGACUAUUUGGAUUUUUGGACUGGAAACAUCCAAAUAAAAUUAAUAAUCAUGAAAAUUCAACCAUGCAUAAAACCUGUACGUUUAAAAUGA